ACCCCCCCGGCCUUUUAAAAGGACCUCCCGCCGCUCGCGCGCUCUGCCCCGGGGUUUCCCCCGGCCCCGCGCUUCGCCCCGCUCUACUUCUCAGCAACUUCGGCGGCCGCGCGCCGCCGGUUGUCGCCCGCCUUUGAAGUUUGCAGCGCCGGCCGCAAAGUUAGGGCACUUCGGGCGAUUUCAUUUUUCCCCCCUCUUUUAUCUGCCUCCUCCUCCAAGUCCUUGUGGUUCCUGAGUACCGGUGUUCAGCAUCUUGGCCGGAGCAGCCGAGGACGUGGACUUAUUCGCACACCACACCUCGGGGAGGGAUCUUUCCUCUUCCCCUCAGAAAAACAUGCAUUUUGUAAGGAUGGUGCCUCUCCACUGGUGUAUGCUGUGCCUGCUGUUACCACUCAGCUCAAGGACCCAGAAGUUGCCUACUCGAGAUGAGGAACUCUUUCAGAUGCAAAUUCGAGACAAGGCAUUUUUUCAUGAUUCGUCAGUAAUUCCAGAUGGAGCUGAAAUUAGCAGUUAUCUCUUUAGAGACACACCUAAAAGGUAUUUCUUUGUGGUUGAAGAGGACAACACUCCAUUGUCCGUCACAGUAACGCCCUGCGAUGCGCCCUUAGAGUGGAAGCUGAGCCUCCAGGAACUGCCAGAGGAGGCAAGCGGGGAAGGCUCAGGUGAUCCAGAGCCUCUAGAUCAGCAGAAGCAGCAGAUCAUUAAUGAGGAAGGCACGGAGCUAUUCUCCUACAAAGGCAACGACGUGGAGUAUUUCAUAUCUUCUAGUUCUCCGUCUGGUUUAUAUCAGUUGGAGCUUCUUUCAACAGAGAAAGACACGCAUUUCAAAGUCUAUGCCACCACAACUCCGGAGUCUGACCAGCCCUACCCUGAACUGCCUUACGACCCGCGAGUUGACGUCACGUCCCUAGGACGCACCACAGUCACCUUGGCUUGGAAGCCGAGCCCCACCGCCUCGGUGCUGAAGCAGCCCAUUCAGUACUGUGUGGUCGUCAGCAGAGAGCACAACUUUAAAAGCCUCUGCGCGGUGGAAGCCAAGCUGGGUGCGGACGACGCUUUCAUGAUGGCCCCCAAACCCGGCCUGGACUUCAGCCCUUUCGACUUUGCCCACUUCGGGUUUGCUUCGGAGAACUCAGCUAAAGAGCGCAGCUUCCUGACGAAGCCUUCCCCCAAAUUAGGGCGGCAUGCUCACUCGAGGCCCAAGGCGGACGUUCAGAAGGUCUGCAUAGGAAACAAGAACAUCUUCACGGUCUCGGAUCUGAAACCCGACACGCAGUACUACUUCGACGUCUUCGUGGCUAACAGCGACAGCAACAUGAGCACAGCUUACCUGGGUACCUUUGCCAGGACCAAGGAGGAAGCCAAACAGAAGACGGUGGAGCUGAAGGACGGGAAGGUCACCGAUGUGUUCGUUAAAAGGAAGGGGGCGAAGUUUCUACGGUUUGCCCCAGUCCCGUCUCACCAGAAGGUCACCUUCUUCGUUCACUCUUGUCUGGACGCCGUCCAAAUCCAAGUGAGAAGAGAUGGGAAGCUCCUUUUGUCUCAGAAUGUGGAAGGCAUUCGGCAGUUUCAGCUGAGAGGAAAACCAAAAGCCAAAUAUCUCAUCCGACUGAAGGGAAACAAGAAGGGUGCGUCUAUGCUGAAAAUACUGGCUACCACCCGGCCCAGUAAGCAGUCGUUUCCCUCUCUUCCUGAAGACAGGCGCAUCAAAGCUUUCGACAAGCUCCGUACCUGUUCGUCGGUCACGGUGGCUUGGCUAGGCACCCAGGAAAGGAACAAGUUUUGCAUCUACAAAAAGGAAGUGGAUGAUAAUUACAAUGAAGACCAGAAGAAAAGAGAGCAAAACCAAUGCCUGGGCCCAGAUACCAGGAAGAAAUCAGAGAAGGUCCUCUGUAAAUAUUUCCACAGUCAGAACCUGCAAAAAGCAGUGACCACAGAAACAAUUAAAGGUCUUCAGCCUGGAAAAUCUUACCUGCUGGAUGUUUAUGUCACAGGACAUGGAGGGCACUCGGUGAAGUAUCAGAGUAAAGUGGUGAAAACCAGAAAGGUCUGUUAGUCACCUCGUAUGGAGAUGCAUCACGUAGAACUUUAGGAGAGACAGAGUCACGUUAAGCAGAAACUGACUACUGGUCCCCCAGCUAAGAGAAGUUGUGACCUAUACUUGUACUAGGGAAGGAAGGAUAUCAACGGGUGUAUGUUGGAGUUUAUGUAACUAAUUGCUGGAGGAGCCUUGUUUGAGUGUGCCCCAGUGGUACCGUGUGUGACUGAUGUCCGCUGAUGUCAGAGAGGACGUCUUGAAGGAACUGCCAUCCCUUGCUUUGACCACUGCAUGGACUGCUUCUAAAUUAUUUUAUUACCUAAAAAUUUAAAAUAUGCCAUUCAUUGCACACAGCCACAAAUGAAAAUCAUUCCUCUCAAUAGAUGCUAGGAUAUAUAUAUAAAUAUAUAUAUAUAUAAAUUAUUUUAUAAAGUCUUGUUUCAAAUGUCAGUGUUUCUAUGAUUGUAAACUAUUCAAUUCUUUUCCUGUUAAAGUACAGAUCUAAGUAUAUUGAGUGGACAGCUCUUUAGUCAGUUAUAUUGUUAUUGUAAAUUCUUAUCUGUUGAGUAAAAUGUUUAAAUACUAUAUGUAUCUCAUGUACAAAGUUGACAUACAUUAUAUUCAUGUAUAUAAAAUUAAAGAUAUUAGAUUAUAUACUGAUCAUUUUCCCAAGUAGCAACCUUGGUGUAUUCAAUUUCCACUCUGUCCCCAAAACUGCGCCUUUAUAUGAUUUGGCACCAGAUUUGACCUUUUUCUAACAGAAGGCAUGCUGCAUCUCUCUAAACUUACUGUGGCAUUAGAGAGUUACUGCAACUUGUAUUUUGAUUUUGAAUAGGAGCUAGCUGUUAAGACUUGAAAGCACGCCAAUGGACUUAAAAGGACAAGCCCCGAAUACUAUAGCUCGAGAAGUAUUCCUUAAUGACCUGAAAUAGAUUACUUCUAUUUUAAAAAUAAGCAUCUCUUUUAAGUACAAAAAUUGGGAUAUGACAAAAUUUUCCAACUGCUUGAAUGUUAGCAAAAUAACUGUUUUGAUUUCUAGUGGAAGCAGCGGAGCAACCAUCAAUUAGGACUAUAAUGAGAAAACUAGAAGUUAUCAGUGGUCUCAUACUUUUAGCUUUGAUUGUUCACAAAUCUUUAAGAAGUAAUUUAGAUAUAAGGUAAAAUGUAGGCAAAUCAGAAUAGAAACCAUUUAUCAAAAAUUCUGGGCAAGGAGCAGUUUUAGAUAGUUUCACUAGGCACAGGUUCUCCACAGGUUCUCCACAUGAGGUGUCAUGAGAACUUUGAAGGAUUCACAAGAGUCUGGGAUUUAAGUCAACUAGGCUGUGUGGCUUCAAGUAAACCUGUUACCUCCCGUUGUCCCUCUUUGCUAUUUAUAAGAUUAGGUGUGGCAGAUUUGGAUAAGAUGAUGUUAUAGGAUACCUUCUAUAAUAUGACGUUGUCUUUUGUAGAAUUCUGUGAUUCUAAACUACAAAAUGUUUCUGUAACUACAAGGGGGACAGGUGUAAUUCCUUAGCCACAACCUUUCACCUCCAUGCUGGACUACCUUUCCUAUGGUGGGCAUGCAUGAGCAGCAUUCCUGUGCGUACAGAAUCACUGUGGCUUGGGGAGUGUAAGUGGUGGUCUUUAUGAAAAGACCUCCUUAGCAGAGAAUAUCCCCCCUAAAAAUGUGUCCUCUAAUUCGUGAGUGUUAAGGUAUCAAAACAAAAUGUACCAUUGUUUUUUGGUACAUUUUGUACCAAACUGUACCAAACUGUUUCAGUUUGACAACUGAAACAGUUUGACAACUGAAACAGUUUGACAACUGAAAUAACUUUUGAAAAGGAAGAAAGAACAUGUCCCCAAUGGCUACGUAACUAACCAACUUGAAAGAACUUUAAAACUGACACUGUCUCAGAGAUGUUCUAUCCUAAGUUAUAAAUUCAGUGCCUUUGGAAGGAGAAUCAACUUUCUCAUAUUAUUCACAACUAUGUUAUUAUAGAGCAAUGUGCUAAAUGGGACUACAGUGAAUCAAAGAGUUAUUGUAGCUUCUGAAAGUGAUGGACUUAACUCUCAGAUAUUGCUAAAGGCCUGGGAACCAGGCCAAGUCAAUUUAACCAAGCCUUUACUUUUCAGCCAGCUGGAAUGGUGGUUUCUAUAUAGUCUGGAUAUAUCAGAAAAUUCUUUCAUGGUCCCAGAGAAAUUUGCCUUUUAAAAAUUACAGGAAAAUUAAAUACACAUUGUGAAACUUCUUUCACUCAUAAAGGAAGAGAGCAACCUAUUAAAAAUAAAGCUCUCUUAUUUCCUGAUGUGUUUAGAUUUUAGGAGCAUUCAGGUGAACGGAGGACAAGAAAGGAAAAUUUGUUCUUAAUUAAUAAAAGAACUAGAACAUAGCUAAUAUGAAAGCACUAUCUUUUCUCCAUUAAGCUCCAGAAUAGCUAUAUUGAGAACAGGGCAUUUAGAAUCCCAAGAACAGCCAUAGUACCAUGGAGGAGACAGGAUCUUUGAGAAUAUUUCAUUCAAGUUCAGUAUCUUUAUUUUUUAGGCUCAAAAAUAAAUUGAGGACCAGAGAAAUGAAAAGAAAUUUCUCAUAGUCAAAACAAGUAAGUAGUGGAAUUGCUUUGACUCCAAAAUGCUUACUAGAAUAUAAAUCACCUAUUCUUGGGGGGAAAAGUCAUUUAAGGAUCAUUUUCCAAAAGGAAAUAAAAAUUUUUUCGUAUUUAUGAUUUCAAAGCCACUUGUUUUUACAGACCAUUUCAAAUUUCCUUAAGAAUAUGCAUGUAACCUUAACUGACAACUUCAAACUUGUAAAAAAAAUACUGUUAUUUUUAGAGACAAAGUAUUCUAAUCUAGGUUUACAUGUGCACACAAACAGAGGCUGUAACAUCAUUAGUCAAUUGUUUUAACCUAAGACUAUUUAAAUCUAUUUUUAAAAAGUACAUAGCAGGUGAUUUUCCUAGUUAAAAUACUUUAUAAUCAAUGUUUAGAUUAAUUUUUAAAACAUUCAUCAAAGGAUUACUGCUGGAAAGGACAUAUGCAUUGCUUAUUUUAGUUCCUAAGAAUAAACUUGAAAAAGUUAUGAUUUUUAUAUCCUGAAAAGCCAAAUGAAGAGUGACUUCAAGUAAAAAAUUACUUAGAGGAACUUUAGAGUUUGAAACAGGUUUUAAUGGUUCUGAAUAGUUCAUCUUCAAUGAAAACACAUACACACAAGUUUUAAAUACAAGUCAAGGAAUCUGUUUGACCGGGAACAAAUUGGGAUCUCUUC